AUGAAUCCCAAUAUUCCCACUUCCAAUAUUAAUACUUCCACCACCACUUCUUCUAAACAAGAACCAAAAGGCUACGUAAUUUAUAAUGCAAAUGUUUAUACUUCAGAUAAUAAAAUUCCCCGAAUUGAUUCUUUUACAGUUUUGAAUGGAAAAUUUAUAGAUAUUGGUUCUCAAACUGAUUUAUUAAAAAAAUGGAAUAAUCUUCAGCAUUUAUUGGGUUUAGGUGAUAUAUUAACUUCAGUAAAUCUUUCUAAUACAAGAUCCAUUGAAGAUGUCAUUGAACAAGUUAAAAAAUAUAUUCAAUUGCAUCCUGAUGAUACAAAUGAAUGGGUUACUGGAUUUGGAUGGAAUCAAGAAUUAUGGCAAUCUAAAGAAUUUCCUACUUCUAAAGAUCUAGAUUCAGAUCCUCAACUUAAUAAAUAUCCAAUAGCGUUAACACGUAUUGAUGGUCAUGCGAUGUGGGUAAAUGAAAAAGUCUUAAAUAUUUUAGGAAAGGAUAAAAUUCCUGAAAAUAUAGAUGGAGGUGAAAUUGGUAGAAAUAAAUUAACAAAUGAAUUAACUGGAAUUUUUGUGGAUAAUGCUAUGGAAUUAGUUUUUGAUAAAAUGUUAUCACCAACAGAUGAUAAAUUAUUAAAUCGACUUAGAGCAGCUAUACAUGAAAUGCAUUCUAAUGGUCUUACCGGAAUUCAUGAUGCUUCAGUACCUCCUAAAUAUAUUGAUUUCUAUAAAAGAACAAUUAAAAAUAAUCCAGAAGAAUUUAAUAUACGUGUUUACGCAAUGGUUGAAUGUGAUAGAAAUAAAUAUUGUGGUGAUCAAGUUGAAAGAAUUGAUGAAUUUGGGGAAGGUAGAUUAACUGUGAGAAGUGUAAAAUUAUUUAUGGAUGGUGCUUUGGGUAGUUGGGGUGCUGCAUUAUUGGAACCAUAUUCUGGUGAUCAAGCUAAUAAUAUAAUUAUAAAUGCCUAUGAAAAAUGUUUUCAAGAUUAUAUAAAAUUACAUUCAAAUGAUGAAGAAAAAAAAAUUUUGACUGAAGAAGAAUUAUUAAGACAAGUUAAAAAUUUGGCAGAGAAAUUGAGAUUUAGAAUUGAGCAUGCACAAAUAUUGACAUUAGAUGAUAUCAAACGCGUUGGUGAAUUGAAAAUCAUUCCUUCAAUGCAACCUACUCAUGGCAGUGAACGUAUUAAAGGUGCUUAUGCGUGGCUAAAAGUAUUUCCACUUUCUUCAGAUUUUCCGGUUGAAUCUGUAAAUCCAUUUUUAGGUUUUUACGCAGCUAUCACAAGAAAAUGGAAGAAUGGUGAUUCUCCACAUGGUAAAGAUGGAUGGUUUCCUUCACAAAAAUUAACUCGCGAAGAAGCAUUACGUGGAUUUACAAUUGAUGCUGCAUAUGCUGGAUUCAGUGAAGAUACUAUGGGAUCAAUUUCUAUAGGAAAAUAUGCAGAUUUUGUAAUAUUAGAUAGAGAUAUUAUGCAAACAUCCGAAGAGAAAAUAAUUGAUACUAAAGUAUUAUCAACUAUAUUUGCUGGAAAAGUUAAAAUGAUUUUGAUAUAA